AUGGCUACCCGCACAAAAGCGCCCACAGUUGGGUCCGCUGGAUGGGUUCUAGAGGAGCGCCACCAGUCCAACACGCUUGUAUCCCAGGAACUGGAGGAUUUUGGCUUCUCUGUGCGCAAUGAGCUGGAAUGGCUAAACGAGCACAUGUUUGAUAUUCUGGCCAGCGACAGGCAACACAAUCUCGAUGUCUUCAAGACACCGGGCAAGUUACGCGGCAAGACGCCUCGCACCGCGCGCAAGAAGGCCGUGGAUCGCCAGCCUCUCGCCAGUAUCCAGUCUGCAAACGCGCAGCAUCUCAGCCCCGCUGAACAGAGUCUCCGAAACGUAAAGGCUAGGUUCCAGAUCGCCGAAGACACUCAGUCGGAGAACACGAUGCGGCAAUCGCCUAACAAGCGCACACCCAUCGCGCGACAGCUCUUCUCCAAGACCGGAAGCGCCGGAAAGGAAAACGUAAACAACAACUUCCAGGCCAAUCUGUACGACAAGCGCCCAGCACAGCCUCUCACAGCCCCAUGGAGCCCUAUCCAGUCCACACAAGACACUGUUCUGUCAUCACAGGCUAGUGACGUCUUCUCGCCGCCGCAGACGCAACUAACCCAGCCCACCCAGCCCGCCGACUCUUUCAGGCACUCAUUUGAGGACAAGGAAGAAAGCCGCGACAAUGGCGAUUCGUUCGUCUCAGCAAAGGACUCCUUCGCCAGCAAGGGUGUCUCCAAGGAGAGCCCUCGCAAGGAUGUCUCUGUCAUGGAUGUGGACGACGAAUACAAGGCAGACCAGUCGCAGUCGGAUGUACAGGGUACUAUGGUUCACCACGAGCUCUCUGAUAGAGAGGACGAGGACAUGCGAGACUUGUCCGAGUUUCCCGAUCCGCCACCACGCGCCGUAUCCGAACAGUACAGCAUUUCCGCCGAAACUCACGACGCGCUCGACAAGGCCAACAGCCGCGCUCUUGCGCCAGAGCCCAAGAACCUCUAUCUACCAGAGCAAUCGACCACACCGGCUGGCCCUCCUCCCGCUUCUCCUGAAGCCGAAGUUGAACACGACGGCACCGUUCUUCACCACGAAAUCGACGACCAAAUGGAUAUGGAGGACGAUGUGCGCUCGCCCUCGGACAACUCUAGCCCCGUAAAGCCACUUGUUAGGAAGAGCAGCCUUACGUUUGCGUCUCUCCCCGCGCGCGAACCAUUGCUCGCCAAGAAGAGCAUGGGCAACCGCGUAUCGCGCACCAGCCACCUUGAUGCAAACAAAGGUCGAAACAGCCACAUGGGCAGGUUCACUGGGGGGAAGAGCUUGGGGGGCUCGCAGCUCGCGCACCCUGCCGAGCUACAGCAUGCUGAUGACACCGACACUGACAUCGAACGCCCCGAACUUCAGAGGGAGGAGUCAGAGACAACAAAGGCCCACAACAAGACUUCAACCCAGCGCCUAUUUGAGCGCAUUAACAUGCUCAAGCAACAGAAUGAAGCGCCCAAGCGCAUCAGUCAAAACAUCACGUCACAGCAAUCCCAGCCUCAGAGCUACCCUUCCACACAGACGAGAGAGGACGCUGAAUCUGGACAAACAUCACAACCAGCAUACCCUAGUCUCCCACCGCCAGAGCCAGCUCAGGAAGAAGAUGACGACGACGACUGGAUAUCGCCAGUUCGGACAGUAGCACCGGCUCCCAAGCCUGCUAGGCCGGUGCUUGGCAAAUCACAUACUACUGAUGCUCGUCAAUCUCCACAUAAGGACUCGCCUGCAAAGCUUGUCUCAGUCUCAAACCCAGAUCUUUCAGCAGAUGCCGAAUCAACGACACCAGUUGGCUCACCGACCACGAGGAAAUACAUGGAUGCCCCCCUCAGUGCAUCAAAGUCUAAGCUGUACUCGGCAUUCCGCGCGGCAAAGGAGAAGCUCAUCGGGUCCAGUGCUGCAAGCGCUCAGGUCAAGAUGGACACCCUCAGGGAGAGGGAGAGCCCAGAGAGACCCAAGCUACCCUCUCAAGAUUCAUCCGACGACGCCUUCAGCAGCCCCAAGCGGUCAGAGAAGCCUGCUUCAAUAUUCAAUCACAUCCGCUCGCCCUCUAAGGACUCCGACAAGUCUAGUAAUAAGAGCGCCACGCCCAGCAGUCCAUUGAAGAGUGAUGGCCGCCGCACUCGCAGCUCGACAGAGCGUGAGAAGCAAAAGGAACGCGAGACGCGAGAGAAAGAGGUUAGGGAGGCUAAGCAGGAACAGCGCGCAGAUGAUAGACUCAAGCAGAUGCGCGAGAAGGAGCAGAAGAAGGCGGCCGCACAGGCUCAGAAGCUCCGAGCUAUGGGCGCAAAGACACCGACAGCAAUGUCGUCCCAGUCGAGUCUUAGGCAGCCUACUGCUGUGGGGACAAGCAAGACGUCAGCUCAGCCAGCGCCACAACAACAACAGCCUCUGUUCCGCCCUGGCAUUCCCAGAUCCAACACAGUAUCUUCAAGAGAAGACGUCGACUCUGCCGAGGACAUGCCGCCACCGCCUGCGCCCAAGAGUCUGCUACCUACUACCAAGACCACCAAGGCCCCUCUCCGAGAACCUAGAAAACUUGCUAAGCCAUCAAGCAAGGACGGUAUACACAAAACGAAGGCGCCGCAAAAGAUCAUGGUCAAUCUCAAGAGCAGCCACUAUGGUCAAGCACCCCCACCAGCUCCUCGUCCAGCUUCGCAAGCUGCAGGCAAGGUCGCUGCGGUGCCCAAGCCGGCUCCGUCUGGGUCGUCACGACCAGCUUCGGCGCUAUCUGCCAAGUCAGGGCCUUCGUCCAAGACAGCUCAGCCCGUGGCUAAGCCUGCGGCUCCUCGAGUUGGCCGCCCCCCAACGCAGGCUGUGGAGAAGCCCAAGGCUCCCGCAUCACAGCCGGCACGAGCUGACCUGGGUGCUGCACGACCUGUAUCACGACUACAAACUGUCCAAGAUGCCAAUCGCAUCAACAUUCCCCCAAUGAACCCCGCCAAGCCACCUAAGCGGCAAUUUCCAGGUGAGGGCGAUGAGACUCUUCACCGACCAGCCAAACGACCUUCGCAACAAGCGAAGAACUUGGUUCCGAUGACACCAGCUCACGCCCAGUUUGCAAAGGGCAAGAUACCUUUUGCCGAGUCUGCCCACGCGCCGCAGUCUCAAGCCCAACAAAUCCAAUACCCCAACGGAGACGACAUCAAGCUUCCCGAGAUCAUGACCGACUCGGAAGACGAAGACUCUGAAAACGAGUUUGAGCAGCCCAGCUGGGUCAACACACCCAAUCUUCGCGAGAUGCUCAGCAAUCAACAGCUCAUGGACCCUGAGCACAUUUUUGGCCCCAUCGCCCCUCUUGAGAUGGAGAAGGUCUUCCCCAACAAAGAGCGCCACAAGCGUUUCCGUGAGCGCACCAGCAGCGCUUACUGGGCCAACGACGAAGUCACCGCCGAGGAGAAGCGCAAGGAGCGCGAGGCGAGAGAGCGUCUGUUUUGUGUAAUGGAGGCUAUCGUCAUGUGCAAUAUUGUUGGUGUUAUCCUGCCGCUGAUGUUGUUGUGA